UUUCCCGCGUUUCUUGUGCUUCUUAAAAUGUUUCCGAGCAUACAGCUGCGUUGAAAGAUUUUUACAGCGGACACCCACCCACCACCUGUCAUCAUCUUACUGUUGUGUAUUGUGUAUACGUACACACACGCAGUUCAUGGGAACGUUGAUAAGUUGAUGGAUGGAGUGAAAGCUCUUACAGGAGGGGAGAUUAAUGUCAGUGAUGUGGAAUAUGUUCUGGAAAACAUGGGGACAGAGCUCACAGAAAAGGAAUGGUUAAAGCUGCUGAAAAAUCUGCCAAUAGAUGCUGAUGGAAAGAUUGUUCUCAAUAAGCUAAUGGAUGGAGUAAAAGCUAUUAUAGGGGAGGACAUUGAUAUCUGUGACACAGAAGAUAUUCUGGAAAACAUGGGGAUAGAAUUUACAGAUGAGGAACUCUUGGAGCUGUUAAAAAAGUUACCGGUUGAUGGAGGGGAAAUUGAUGUCAGUAAACUGGACACAGUUCUGGGAAGCAUGGGGAUGAACCUCACCGAAAAGGAACUUGAAGAUCUGACACAGAGCCUGCCAGUUGAUGUUGAUGGGAAAGUUGAUAGGAAAAAUGUAAUGGAUGAUGUGAAAGCUUUCACAGGUUAG